UUUAGUAAUUUUACACUACUCAACUCAACAGACCAACGUCGCUGUAUUUUCAUAUAAUUGUUGUUUUUAACGCUCAUUUUUGCAAAACAAAGUUUGAAGAAAGUGAUACGGUUAAUGGUUGCUCAAUUUUAUUAACGGAACAAUGUUUUUUGUGCGGCGAGUUAUGGUUUAGUGAGAAUUUUACGACGACAUUGUGGUCGCGAAGAAUUGGAAUCACGUAUUAUUAGUUAAAACGGCAGUACAAAAUGGACUUAGUACAAAAUCCGAAUAACAAUAGAGAUGGCAUGAACAACGAAGUAUCUUCCACUUCGAGUGACGAUACAAACGUCCCAGUAAAAAGAUUAACGAAAGUUUACAAAAAGCAUUAUAAAGAAACUGCUAUAUCGGACAAUGAAAUGGGACCACGUCAGAGGAACUUACAAGCUAGAAAUCAUUAUAAAAGUACAGGGAACUUAAAUGAAGGAUACAGAGACAUUAGAUCUCUGCAAAGCAGUAUCAGCAAUAUAGAUUUGAGCCUACACAGGGAUGAUAUUAAGAAAUUCGAGUCGUUACAAAUACCUAUAGUUGGUUAUGAGAUUAUGGAAGAGAGAGCUCGGUUCACGAUAUACAAACUCAAAGUCGAAGAUGAUAAUUCUGAUCAAAGCUGGCUAGUAUUCCGUCGGUACACCGAUUUUGUAAGAUUAUAUUCUAGAAUAAAGGCUGAACAACCGAAUUUGAACUUACCGCUGCCAGGAAAGAGGUGGUUUCGUGAUAAUUUCGAACCAGCAUUUCUAGAAGACCGAGUGAGAGGGUUGCAGAUUUUCGUGAACGCUAUUUUGAUGAAGCUCCCAAACCAUCCUGUUGUUCGUGAAUUCUUCUGCUUAGAUGAGCCCCCUCAAGUAUUUAGUUAUCAGCCUGAAGUCCAGGCAGUGUAUGGAGCCCUAGAAGACUCAAUAAGCACAUUAAAAAUGCAGCUGAAACAAAAAGAUGCGACCAUUUUGCAUUUACAGAAGAGGUUGGCUCAGUUAGAAGCUCAAGUUAAAAGUUGUGGCAAUUGUAGUUCAAAUGUGUAAUUUAAACAAGUAACGGGUGAAUGGAGAAGUGAAUACUGUUGGACAAUCACUACAUAGUGACAAUAUUUUCUAUGUUUAACGAGCUAUAUUGUACCAAUCAAGCCCUUUCGUUUGAUAUUCACCGAGGGAAGUGAUAACUAUAGUUUUUUACUUCUUGUCUAUUAAUAUCUUGUGGUUUAUUUCGUUGUGGGAACCAAGACAGUUAUUCAUGUUCCGGUGUUUUCAUGGGUGUAUCUACUGUAGAUCCUGGUGCACAAGAGUUGCAGCGGUUUUGGGAGGUUGUAGCUGGCUUAUCCCACAAAAUAUCCGUAAUGGAGGUAGUUGUGGAUAAAAAUAGAUUAUAAUACCUACCGGUUUAGGAUUUACAUUCGUUCUAUAAUCUCCAUUCAUCCCAAAAUAUUUUCAUACGCCUCAUUUUAAUAUUUGGUAUAAACUUUUGUACAAAUAAUAUAAUAUAUAAAUAUUACUAAUCAAAACAGCCCCAAUAAUAGAAGUGAUACACGGUUUCACCUACCACCCCUAAACCAUUUCUUAACUAAGAGUUACUUAAUGAUGGGGAGCAUCCAAACUAACGUCUUACCAUUAGGUGUCACUUAUAGGUUGCUGAAAACCAAAAUGUCGUUAACUGUCACCUAUUUUAGUUUAGGGGUUCCUCAAAAUUUAAGAGAUGUUGUUGAAAACUGGCCCGGGCACGAGUCUGCUAUGGCAAUAGACUCCCCCCUAUUACGGAACUCAUAACAUAAAUAGUGAAAAGUGGGUGUUACAUUUGACAUGUGUUCGCAAAAAUGGCCUCAGUUUUCUUAGGCUGGUCCUAUUUACCCCAUAUUUCACGAGUUGCCUGAAUAUACAAUUAAAUUUAUAUUUACUAUGUAAAAAUUAAAAUAUAAGACGAACUCGCUUUUUCGAGGAUCGCUCGACUACUUUCGAGUAACACCGGGACUCUUAAUCUAGAGCAAUGCGGUGCGACCUGUGUAUUAAUUUUAUUAUAAUUAGGCCUUCCGUCCGUGACGCGUCAUUUAAUAAAACAUUCAUCCUACAAAUCCGAUUUGGGCCCUACCGUAUUUUCGCUCAUUAGAUGGUGCUAGUCCUCACGCGCUUCGUCCAAUAGGAUUCGACUACACGUUUAGUACGGUGGCUGGGCAACGGCUGCUGCGCAACGUAUCGCGGUAUCGAUUCCCACACGGAACAACACUUUGUGUGA